AUGAGAGAGGAUGAAUGGGACUCUAUGAUGGAUGAGGUUAGCUUAUUUUGUGGUAAACAUGGAAUUUCAAUUCCCAAAAUGAAUGAAGACUACUCUAAUGGGAAGUCGAAGCGUAAGAGGUCCAAUAUUUCAUAUUUGCAUCACUUUCGUGUGGAAGUAUUUUAUGCCGUCAUUGAUUUGGCACUUCAAGAACUCAAUAAUCGUUUUGAUGUGGUGACUAGUGACUUGCUCCUCGGUAUGGCUAGUUUGAGUCCGGUUGAUUCAUUUGCUAAUUUUCACAAGGAUAGGAUAAUGAAACUAGCCGAGUACUACCCAAGUGAGUUUGGUGAUAAAGAGCUUCGGGAACUCAAUUUUCAACUUGAUGAUUUUAUUGUCUAUGCUCAAAAGUGUGAUAGCAAGUUUCUCAACUUGAAGGGAAUCAAGGAUCUUGCAAAAGUGAUGAUAGAGACAAAACUAGAUCAAACUUGGUCACUUGUGUAUCUACUUGUGAAGCUAACUUUGAUUAUUCCUGUUGCUACCGCAAGCGUGGAAAGAGCAUUCUCAUCAAUGAAGUACAUAAAGAAUGAUUUGCGUAAUAGGAUGGAUGAAGAUCUUUUGAAUGGUUGUUUAGUUUGCUAUAUAGAGCGUAGUAUAUUUAAAAAUAUUGCUACUACCUACUUGCUCGUCAACUUGUUCUCACCGUAA